UGUGGCUUCUUUCACCUCGGUCAAGCAGGCAUCCUUCUUUUAAAAGAACUAGAAUCGUCUUCUGGAAUGAGAGGAAGGCUGUUCUUAGCCAACAGCCACAAAGAGAGCGGCGGCAGCGUUGCUAGGCAACUACACGUGAGCCAAUCGUGGGCGAGAGAGGAGGAGCUCCGCUCCCGUGAGGAAGUGAUGGGGGCCGGCCGAGAGUCCCGCCCCCCGGGGAAACUCCAGCCCGCUUGUCACUCAUUGAAGACUCAGCCCCGCCCCCAUGGUCAGCGUCCAGUCACCCGGGCCGGGCUCCGCCCCCGACGCCUCACGCCCCCGGUUCCUCCCUCUCCCGCCCUCUGCCACGCCCCGAGGAGCGUUCCUGCCAUUUGGACCGUCUCCCUUAAUCCUCAGCUACUUGGCUUCCCGGCGGCGGGGGCGGCAGCGACAGCUGGACAUGGAGUCCAAAGCGUUUGGAGAGCCUGACACGGGCGAAGUGCUGCCCCAGCACAGGCUCGACCUGGGCUCCCUGGAGGCCUACCUGCGCCGGCACCUGCCCGGCUUCGGAACCGAGCCCCCCGGGGCCCUGACGGUGGCCCAAUACAGAUCGGGACAGUCAAAUCCAACCUUUUACCUUCAGAAGGGAUGUCGAGCUUAUGUACUCAGAAAAAAACCACCUGGCUCUCUCCUUCCUAAAGCACAUAAGAUUGACAGAGAAUUCCAUGUGCAGAAAGCCUUGUUUUCCAAUGGAUUUCCAGUCCCUAAGCCUUUACUCUACUGCAAUGAUGUCUCUGUGAUUGGAACUCAAUUUUAUGUGAUGGAGCAUAUACAGGGUCGCAUCUUUCGCGAUUUCACACUUCCAGGAGUUAGCCCAGCAGAACGAUCUGCCUUAUAUGUGGCUAUGAUCGAAACCUUGGCCCGGUUGCAUUCAUUGAAUAUACAGACCUUGGGUCUGGAAGUAUAUGGUAAAGGAGAAGGAUACUGCAAGAGACAGGUGUCAACAUGGACAAAGCAAUAUCAAGCUGCAGCUCAUCAGACCAUUCCUGCUAUGAACCAGCUUUCUGUCUGGUUAAUGGAAAACUUGCCGGAUCAGGAUAAGGAGCAAAGUUUGGUUCAUGGGGAUUUUAAAAUAGAUAAUUUGAUUUUCCAUCCAAAAGAGGCUCGUGUAAUUGCUGUUUUGGACUGGGAGCUUUCAACCAUUGGCCAUCCUUUAUCAGAUUUAGCAUAUCUUUGUUCCAUCUUCUUUUUGCCCAAGGACCUUCCACUGUUAAAUCAAAGUAAUAAUUUGCAACAUAGUGCAGGGAUACCAUCAGCAGAAGAACUGGCAUUAAUUUAUUGCCGCUGCAGAGGAAUUAGCACUGCACUUCCUAACUGGAACUUCUUUCUUGCUCUUUCAUAUUUUAAAUUAGCUGGAAUAAUGCAGGGAGUCUAUGCCAGAUAUCUUCUGGGAAAUUCUGCAUCUGAAACAAGUCAUCUGUUUGCUGAUGUUGUCAAACCCCUAGCAGAGACUGGACUACAACUCACAAAGAGAACUUUGAAUGCUACAGUUUCACAGUCUGAUCCAACGGGAAGAUUGUUCCUCCAGAGUAAGACAGGCCAAGAAGUUCUGCUGAAAGUGAAGCAUUUUAUGCAACAAUACAUACUGCCAGCAGAAAAGGAGGUAAUAGAGUUCUAUAUACAAAAGGAAAAUUCUCUGGACAAGUGGAAAAGGCCUGCAGUGAUUGAAAAACUUGAGGAAAUGGCCAAAGCCGAGGGGCUUUGGAACCUCUUUCUGCCAGCUCUCAGCGGCCUCAGCCAGGUGGAUUAUGCAUUGAUUGCGGAAGAAACAGGAAAAUGCUUUUUUGCUCCAGAUGUUUUCAAUUGCCAAGCACCAGACACGGGAAAUAUGGAGGUACUUCACCUAUAUGGAAGUGAAGAGCAGAAGAAACAGUGGCUUGAACCUCUUCUCCAAGGAAGAAUGAAAUCUUGCUUUUGCAUGACAGAGCCUGAUGUUGCCUCUAGUGAUGCUACUAAUAUUGAAUGUACUAUUGAACGAGAUGGUGAUAGCUAUGUCAUCAAUGGCAAGAAAUGGUGGAGUAGCGGAGCUGGGAAUCCAAAAUGUAAGAUUGCCAUUGUCUUGGGUAGAAAUAAGAGUUCUUCUGCAUCCAGACACAAACAGCACAGCAUGAUACUGGUUCCAAUCAACACGCCAGGAGUGAAAUUGGUAAGGCCAUUGUCGGUCUUUGGAUAUUUGGAUAAUUUCCAUGGAGGACAUUUUGAAAUACAUUUUGAUAAAGUACGAGUACCUGUUUCCAACAUGAUACUAGGUGAAGGAAGGGGCUUUGAGAUUGCCCAAGGCCGUCUUGGACCCGGCCGCAUCCACCACUGUAUGAGAUCAAUAGGUAUGGCCGAAAAGGCUUUACAGAUCAUGUGUGAGCGAGCAGCCCAGAGAGUGACCUUUCAGAAGAAAUUAUAUGCACACGAGGUGGUGGCCCACUGGAUCGCUGAAAGCCGCAUCGCCAUCGAGGAGGCGCGCCUGCUGACCUUGAAGGCAGCCCACAGCAUUGACACGCUGGGCAGUGCCCAGGCAAGGAAGGAGAUUGCCAUGAUCAAGGUGGCCGCCCCACGGGCAGUCUGCAAAAUUGUUGACCGGGCAAUCCAAGUCUGUGGAGGAGCUGGAGUUUCUCAGGAUUUUCCUUUAGCCAAAAUGUAUGCCAUGAUUCGAACCUUACGAAUAGCAGACGGGCCCGAUGAAGUUCAUCUCUCAGCAAUUGCAAAAAUGGAGUUGCGGGACCAGGCCCGCAAGCUGACUGCCAGGAUGUAGGGCUGGGUGGUUCUGGCACCACCAGAUAUUCUAGAUGUCGGGCACAGCUGCACCUGCUUAAGUAGCAUAUGAAUCAUGAUGGAUAAUUGGCCCUUCAUUUUUAAUCUUGUGUUUUUGUAGGAAUCAAAGCAUAGGAAAUAUUAGAUCAAAUGUUCAUUUUUUACAAAUUAUUAGCCAUUUUGCAUAUAAUUAAUUUACUUUAAUUUUAGUAUCUCUUUUAUUAGGCAAAUUUUCCAGUGGAAGAUAUAUUCCAAACAGCUAAUUCUUUAGCUCUCAGUCUCCCAGGCUGACGUAGAAUUUUUGAUUGGACUUUUGACUUUUUAAACUUCUGAUUUGAGUAAAGUGAUGGCAAAGAAACAAAAUCAUAAUAAAAGUGGCUUUUUAAAAAGAGCCAGCAUAUUAGUUUUGAGGCCCUGAGUUCUGUUUGUCCAUUUGGAUAUUUUUUUUUAGGGAAACAUUUAAAGCAUAGAUUUUCAACCUGAUCUUCAUGAACUUAUUUGUUGUUGUUGUUUACUAUUUUGAUCAUUAUAUUUCACUGUGAUUGAUUAUUUUUGUAAUCCCCUGUUGUAGUUUAUGCGUUUAAAAGCAAGAUUCUGAGGAGGAGUAUAGACAUUUCCCUAACUGCCCAAUGGGCCCAUGACACCCAGAAAAGGUCAGGACUUCUUAUUAAAGGAGGAUUCGAGUGCGGCUUGGUAGUAAUAUAAAGGAAAGCCUUUGCAACAUCAUUGUGAAGAAAUUAGUGUGCUCCCUGCCUUUAAAUUCAAGGUCACUAAGUCAUCAAAUCUGACCCAUACAGAACAUUAUGUCCAAUGCUGAGGAUUCAGGGACCAGAACAAAACUGCUCUUGUCCUUAAGGAAUUUUCAUUCUAGCUUUAUACAUGAACAGGUUGUGUUGUUCAAUGGGCAGGAUUUGCCACAAACUGGCUUAAAUUAAUUAUGGUUAUAAAUUGUAAUGCACUUCUAGCGCCUCUAAAUUCUAAAUAGUAUUUCAGAUCUCCUGUGAAUUAAACACCUGAUGUGGCAGGAAAGCGAUCAGGGAACAACUUUUCUCAUACUGGCGGACAGACUAGCAGGCCAUUGUCUUGUCUUCAGGAUGGCACAUCAUUUUGCUGAACCUGCAGAUCAGACCUAACUUACUCGCUUCCUGCCAAAGUGAAAAGUUUUGUUAGAUGUAAACCUUUCAGAAAUGCUUUGAGAUCUUUAGAGUUUUCUUAAGAUUGUUCAAAUGGAGAGCCCUCACUUAUUCUAUGUGCCAACAUUGUUACUGGGAAAUCAAGUAUAUUGCAAAAUACAACGUACUGUGCGUAAAGUAACACAAAUAUUGUAAGAUGAUUUGUUCUUCUCAGCAAUACAAUGAUCCAAGACAUCUCUGAAGGACUUGGGAUGAAAAUUACUAUUCA